AUGUCUUUAGCUCACCUGAGAAGUACUAUUAGCCAAUCGUUCCCUCCCAGGGCCAUCUUUACUGAGAAAGAUGUUCCGGACUUGCAAGGAAAGGUUUGCAUCGUCACAGGCUCCAAUACUGGCGUAGGCAAGGAAAUUGCACAAAUCCUCUACGCAAAGAACGCCAAGGUGUACCUUGCCGCACGCUCAGAGGAGAAGACGCGCAAGGCAAUCAAUGACAUCAAGGCGGCAUCUCCAAAUACGACCAAGGGUCAGAUGGAGUAUCUGCGCCUUGACCUCGCCGAUCUCUCUGCUGUGAGGAGCGCCUCGGAGGAAUUCCUGAGCAAGGAAUCGCAGCUUCAUCUCCUUUUCAAUAACGCAGGUCUGGGUUACCCUGAGAAGGGACUCCAGACUGCUCAAGGACACGAGUUACAGCUCGGUGUGAAUUGCGUCGGGCCUUUCCUCUUCACACAGCGCCUGACGCCUACCAUCGUCUCAACUGCUCGUAAUUCCCCCAAUGAUAGCGUACGUGUUAUCUGGGCUUCGUCAUCGGCGACUGAGGGGUACGCUGUAAACGGAAACUGGAUGGAUUAUAUCAACCAUCCCGAGAAAAAGUCGUCCUUCGAGCUCUAUGCCACUAGUAAAAUGGGCAACUACUUCUACGGUGCCGAGUAUGCGGCCCGUCACAAAGCAGAUGGUGUUAUCUCUGUGUCGCUGAAUCCCGGUCAUCUUGACUCAGACUUCUGGCGAUCGACGGGUCGGUUCUUGAACUGGCUCCUCCGAGUUACUGUCCUUUAUCCGUCCGUGUAUGGCGCAUACACCAACAUUUUCUCAGCAUUUUCUCCUCAAGUAACAUCAGAAAGGAGCGGUAGCUUUGUGGCUCCUUGGGGUAGAUUGUGGCAAGUGACUCCCGACAAGGUCAAUGCAGUGAAGCCAAAGAAGGCUGGUGGGCUCGGCAUAUCGCAAACAUUCUGGGAAUGGUCAGAGGCGCAGGUAAAGGAUUACAUGUGA